AUGUCUACUGUUCCACUAAAAUCUGUCGGAUUCUAUUUGCACACAGCCCAGCCCUGCCCGCUGCACGGAUUGGUGCCGAUGUUCCUGAGCUCACUAGAGAUGUUCAUGCUGACUGCCUUUCUUUGGUUCAUGUUUGCAGCGGACACGAUGGCGGAGAGCGGUACAAUGACCAUUGCAGGAUGUCGCGUCAGGCCUCUGUCACAUCCCCCAGAUUUAACUGGAGAAGCCAGAUGCCAGUGGUAUCUUGGACAAAUUGGGGCUUGCCAGCACGUUAACUUUAACGGCGACACAACCAUCUCACAGACCUACAGAGCCAAAGCCACAGAACUGGGCUGUCUCGCGGCAACCACAAGCAAGUUCAAGUCCACUCAAGGGGCCACCACGAGUGAGGUCAAGUCCACUCAAGGGGCUACCACAGGCGAGGUCAAGUCCAGUCAAGUUGCUGGAGAGAGUGGAACCAUGGUCAUCGCCGGAUGUCGAUACAAACCCUUGGCCCCUCCACCAUCCCUGCCAGAGUCGCAGCGGUGCAAGUGGUAUACAGAGCAAAUGGCUGCAUGCAAGGGCAGAUCACCAAUGUUUAUAGACGGAGUCAAUGUCAACCCAGCAGAGACCUACAGGAAACGAGCUGCAGAACUUGGAUGCCAGGGUGCCGGUCCUGCGCUAGCCUCCUGUUUGUUCUUGUGUCUGGUAUUAAACGGGCUUGCCUACUUCUUGUCCGGGUUUAACUGA